UUUCUCUCAACCUCCACCUUCUUCUUCAACCGAACUGUGUCUAUAUAUUCCAGAGCGGAAUCACGCAUCGCAUUUCGGUGGCUUCACAUAACUGGACUGCAUCUACGACAUUUACGAAUUUUGGUCCCCUUAGUUCAACUUGGAUGGUCCGCUCAAGCCAGGCGACAACAUUCUCUGCUUCACCCUAUUUCUUCGACAGAGGAAACCAUGGAACAGCCCAGCCAAUAACUGAGCGUGUUGCGGCACACUCCCGACCCAUUGUAUCUUAUUAUUUUCCCAAGGGAGUCGGGGCGCAUCACUAUGGCGAACGGCAUCCAAUGAAACCUCACCGGUUAACGCUGACCAACGCGUUGGUGAUGGGCUAUGGGCUUGAUAAGCAGAUACACCACAUAUACGACGUUCGUGCUGCCACCCAGGCCGAGCUCGAGAUGUACCACGACCAUGACUAUAUUGAUUUCUUGUCCAAAGUCACGCCCCAAAAUCAGUCUCAAAUGCGUCAGAUGAUCGACCAGUUCAACUGCGUGGAAGACUGUCCGAUUUUUGCUGACCUCUAUGACUUUUGUCGAAUGUAUGCUGGCGGGUCUCUUGCUGGAGCGCGAAAACUGUGUGCAGGGACAACGGACAUCGCCAUCAAUUGGUCGGGGGGCUUACAUCACGCUAAACGCGGUGAAGCAAGCGGUUUUUGCUAUAUCAACGACAUCGUCCUAGCUAUUCUGGAACUCCUUCGAGUACAUCCGCGGGUGCUCUACAUCGACAUCGACAUUCACCACGGCGACGGGGUUGAGCUAGCGUUUUACCAGUCCAACCGAGUGAUGACGGUCUCUUUCCACAAGUACACAGGCGAAUUCUUUCCUGGGACCGGCAAGCUCGACGACAACGGCUACGGCCUGGGGAAAUAUUUCUCUCUCAACGUUCCUCUGCAAGACGGCAUCGACGAUGACAUGUAUCUCAGUGUCUUCAAAACAGUGAUCGAAGACACUGUCCAAGCUUUCCGACCCUCCGCUAUUGUCCUCCAAUGCGGGGCCGACUCUCUAGGCUGUGACCGACUCGGCGCGUUCAAUCUUUCGAUCGCAGCACACGGUGAAUGCGUCAACUUCGUGCGAAAGUACAAUUUGCCUCUUCUGGUCGUUGGAGGUGGGGGCUAUACCAUCAAAAACGUCAGCCGAUGCUGGACUUACGAGACCGCGGUCCUAGUCGGCGCGUCAAUACCAAAUGAGCUACCGGCCACCGUCUACGAUGCAUUCUUCAAAGACUCGCAGUGGAAGUUACACCCACCGCUCACGGGCAAGGUGGACAACCAGAACUCCCCAGCGUCCCUGCAGCGUAUAACUCUCAGCAUCCGGAAUAAGUUACGCUACUUGCAAGGCGCGCCGAGUGUGGAAAUGCAGGAAAUACCACCCGACAUCCAGGGCUUCUUGCAAGACGAAGAGCGCUCAGUCGAGGAACGGAUGGAGGAGGUCAGCACCGCAUUGGCAGGGGAGAGACGAAGCGAUCGCGUGACUGCGCGCAACAGCUACUAUGAGGGCGACGAGGACAACGACCAAGACGAUGUGCCGACACCGCCACUCUCAGGUGCGUCACGAGGUCGUGGGAUCGUUCCAGUUGCGCGUCGGGCUCGUGCUGGUAGACCACGUCGAUCAGGGCGAGGCCGGGGGCGACCCUCUGCAUCAUAUCGUGAAGACGAUGACGGUGAAGAUGAUGAAGAAGAAGAGGACGAGGAGUCUGUUACGCGCAAACGGAGAUCACGUGCCAAGGGACGUGCGAGUAGAGGCAAGCCACCAAGUAAAGAGACAAACAAGGGGACACCAGAGCCAUCGCAAUUCGACGAUGCAGAAUCACAAACUACAGAUCAAACCCCAGCCGUGGAAGCACAACCGCUGCCUAUCGUUGACAAGGCCGCCAACACAUAA